AAAGGCGGCUAUAAAGGUAAUUUUUUCCUGAUUCAGAUUUUACUUCCUGCUUCAUCCUCUAAGGACAGGGCAUAGGUACUUGCAUCAUUUAAUCAGAUUUACGUUGAAAAACUAAAGAAGAGAAAAGAAGAAGAAGAGAGCGGGUUUUUGAGGCCGAAGCCCGAAGAUGCUUGGAGAAUGUGGAAGGAACUUGGAGGCAGAGAAGUGGGUAAAAUCCACCCAAGUUCUUUCACGAAUCGGAUUAAAUCCAAUCGAAUCUCCACUCUACAACUCUCCAAUUACAAAGACAUAGUUUCCCCUCAUAAAGGCUCUAUCAACUCUCUUCAGGUUGAUCUGACAGAGGGACGAUAUUUAUUAUCGAGUGCAUCAGAUGCAUCAGUGGGUGUUUAUGAUGUUCAACAGCCCACACAUCAUGAAGGAGGUGGUGUUAUUGCAAAGCACAAGAAUGUAUUUGUUGUCGACAAGCAGCAUCGGCAGGGUCAUAAGUACGCCGUAUCCUCGGCCGUAUGGUAUCCUAUUGACACCGGCCUAUUUAUAACGGGAUCCUAUGAUCAUUAUGUCAAAGUAUGGGAUACUAACGCUACUCAGGUUGUCAGGAAUUUCAAACUGCCUGGAAAGGUUUAUAGAACUGCCAUGUCCUCACUGGCAACAUCCCACAUGUUAAUUGCUGUUGGAACAGAGGAUGUUCAAGUUCGCCUUUGUGAUAUUGCCUCUGGAGCAUUUUCUCACACUUUAUCGGGUCACCGUGAUGGCAUAAUGACAGUAGAAUGGUCUACAUCCAGUGAGUGGGUUUUAGUAACAGGGGGAUGUGAUGGUGCUAUACGUUUUUGGGAUAUUAGACGUGCUGGAUGUUUUCAUGUUUUGGAUCAGUCCCGGACUCAGCUAGGGAGACGUCCACCUCUGAUAGAACGUGCCACUAUGAAUAAGGUUUCAACAUCAAGGUCCUCAUCAGCAGGUCAAAAUUUGUCUAUAAAACCAAAGGGAGCACAAAGGAGAUCUGCUAAUGGAAAUGGUAAGCAGUUACUCAAUGGUCGAAACCCAGUCAAGGGAUCUGUGAAACAGAGAUUGCAUCCAGGGAUGUUGUCUAGUCAGGAUCGUGCCACUGCUCAUUAUGGUGCUGUUACUGGUCUAAAAGUGACUGAAGAUGGAAUGUAUCUCCUCAGUGCAGGGUCUGAUUCAAGAAUAAGGUUGUGGGACCUGGAAUCUGGCUGCAAUACACUUGUGAACUUUGAAACUGUUCGCUUACAAACCAGCAAGGCGAUACAGUUAGCAACAUCACCUAAUCCAGCUCUUGCCUUUGUUCCAUGCAUGACAGCUGUUAAAGCAUUUGAUGUUUGGACUGGUAAGACAUGUUUGGAAUUUCGUGGCCACUAUGAAUUCGUCAAUUGUUGCUGGUUUAGUUCCCAGGAUCAGGAACUGUACACUGGUGGCAAUGAUAGACAAAUUCUAGUCUGGUCUCCACCCAAAUCUAGUUCCGAUGAAAUGGAUUUAGGGCCUGGGCAGGAUCAAGAUAGUUGGAGCGAUUGACUUUUGCUUCUGUGUACACGAAUCUGUAUAUUAAGAUCAUCACCAUCAGCUUUUUAUAGGCAGAAUAACUUGUCAAAUAAGUACAAUCACUGAAACUCAUAUUUUUUCAGGUUGUUUGUUUGACAUUAUCUUUUUGGUCAGUUUUUUUGUGUAGACAUUGGGUUGAUGUGCAUUUUUGAUAAUAAAAUCCCUCCUUCCGAAUGCAAAUA